AUGUAAUGUUAUUGACGACACACAGUACAUUGUAAGUGACCGUGACACCACCGGCUGGAAGACUAUCUCGUCCCCUCAUCAUUCAAAUCAUGAAAAUGUCUUUAGGAUGCAGAUAUGAGUCUAAAAGAAAGUCCCUAGUCGGGACAGUCAUAUCACUAGAUUUACUGACAUGUUUAUUUAACAUUUUGAUGGUGUUGAGCGGAUCUCAUCGGGUGGAUUGUUCGGAAUUGACAAGUGGCGAACAGUUAUACAGUCUGAAGCAGCUAAAGGAAUAUGAAAAUUAUGGACACAUUGCCCUCUUCAGAUUCCGAGUACCAAGUCAGGUGACCCAUGCCAAGUGGUAUGUGAACAAAGUCGUCAGUCAUCCCGACUGUGAUGAUAUAGACAUCAAUGUAGCGAUGGAGGCUGGUAGUCUUCCCAUCAUUAACCCCUACAACACCAGCUUUCCUGAGAACACCGCCGUAUCGGGGGCUCUCUCAUUCACCAUCCCUCAAGGGAGCUCAUCCCUUAUCCUGGAGUCCCUCAGGGUUCGUCAAGGGGACUGGUUUAUAGCAGUCUACCGCAAGAAACAAGACAACAAGAUACAGCAAGCGGGCUUGGGUACCAGCUGUCAUUACCUGGCUAACUCCAUCAUGACGUAUGACAGACUAACACACCUAGAAACACUUAGCAGCACAGGCAGUGCAGCGGUCACCUUAGCUGAAGACUCAAAUAAUGUCUUGUACAAGUUCUAUGUAGAAUCCAAUAUGGCCGCCAUAUCCUUUUUCAUUGAGGAGUGUGAAGCCUGGUCGUCCAACAAAUCCCUCAAGCAAUCCUGUCCAGUUAGGAUGUUUGUCCAGCCAGAGAGAUUACCUGACUUUGAGUCUCCGUUCGUCCUCUGCCUGCACGGCGGGGAAGGCAACUUCAGCGGAUGUUCCCUGUAUGUAUCUCCUGCUAUGAGGGACACCUGGUACUAUCUCAACGUCACCAAGGUGUCGGAUGAUCAGCAUCUCAAAGUGGACAUCACUAUCACCGUCAAUGCUACAACUUGUCAAGACCCUUUGUCAGAGGCUCAUCCAGUGAAGCCGUCACCACCAACUCCUUCUGAGACCAAUGCAGACUUCUCCUCCUCCCUCCUCCCAAACCCUGUUGACUUUGGCACCCUGCUUGAACCAACUACUACCAUCAUCAGUGACCUUGCCAACGCCCUUCAAACAAAUGACCUUGACAAUGCCCUUCAAACAAACAACCUCACCAACGUCACAACAGCUUCACCUACCGGUACUACCCCUACCCUUAUACCUACAACCAGUGUGCCUUUGACCACUCCUGCACCCGCAGAGGACAUCGCCCUUUGUCCUGUGGUGGAUCCUCUGUCGGUGAACUACUUCAAUGGCAGUGUGGCCAAGGAGUUCUUCAGUAACCAGAUCAAUUUAACGGAGAUGUUGUACUACCCGAGCCGCGAUGAACCUUUCAUAGCAACCUUCAAACUCGGUGUGGAUGAUCUUGGUGGAACCAUUGAGCUCUACUCCAAUGUCAUAGAUGUGCCAUCUCUGGCGCAGAACAUCACCUCCACCUUGUGCCUGAAGAAGGACACACCCCCAUUCUGGAAUGGUACAUCCCUGGACUGUGACGAGGACAUGAUGAUGUCUGAGGGCAUCGAUGCUAACUCUGUGGCGUCUUUCUACUAUCCAUUCCCAUCGGCUGGUACGUGGUAUGCGGCACAAUAUGCGACAUGUACAGAGCUAAACAGUCUAACAGAAGAGCGUGUUCCUUGCCAUGCCAAUCUGAGUAUUGCGAUGAGGGUGAUGAUGACUUCAUGUAUUGGUAACUGUGGUCCUCACGGUCGCUGUGAUGUCCAUCACCAAGACGGGAUUCAAUUCUAUGCCUGCCGCUGUUCUGAUGGUUAUAGAGGAUGGAGUUGUACAGAUGAUGAUGAAGUCUCGUCCUCCAACUUCCUCAUCAAGGUCCUCUUUGUAACCCUGAGCAACAUAGUAUUCUUGUGUGAUGCGCUCCUCUGUCUCUAUCGGCACCACUUUCCUGAGGCUGUGUCAUUCCUGGCCACCUGCUUCUUUUCAACGAUGUACCACGCCUGUGACUCCAGUCCUGUUUGUAUCACAGAUUACGACACCCUUCAAUUCUGUGACUUCUUCGCUUCAUUCAUGUCUAUUCUUCUCAUCCUGAUUGCCAUGGCAAGACUACCUCGUUCACUCAAAGCUACAAUACAUAUCGUAGGAGUAUAUGUUUUAGCCUUCUUCGCUCAGUGGGAUAGAUUCAGUCUAUGGUCUAUAGCAGUACCCUUAGGAGCAGGUAUCCUUAUCCUUGCCAUAUCGUGGGGUAUAAGAAUGUACAAGCGGCGGAAACUGUACCCUUCCUGGCGGCGUUGGCUCUUCUUCAUCGUCCCCGGGACCCUCCUGGCCGUCCUGGGUCUCUCGGUCAACGCGGCACUGGAGACGGAGAGCAACUACUACAUCGUUCACAGCACGUGGCACAUAUGCAUGGGACUAGGGACUCUACUGCUGAUACCGCCGAGGGAGAAAGCAUCCUCUAAACCCAGAGACUCUGACUCCGAGAGACUGAUAAUGAUCUUAGACAAUAACACCAUGCCUGACGAUGAUGCCGACAUCUACUGAAUGGUGUAUGCAAAGUUACGCAUGGAUCGCAAUCAGCUGUGCAAACAAGGCAUGGUAUAGAUGAAUAUUCCGCUUUUACAUAGCGCUUAAUACAUCAAUGAUGUCUCUAAGCACUUUACAGCCUUUCAAAUUAUGUCUUGGCUUUUGUGUUUGUAGAUCUGUUUACUGAACUUUUAGCUCGUCUCUGGUUGCUUCUGCUGUUUGGAGUCCUUUUUUAGGUGUCCUUUUUUAGGCAUGGUAUAAAUCUUAUUAGAAAUUCUUUGAAUCUAACUGGUUUGCUUUUAUCUUUUUACUAAACCCUAUAAUUCUUACAAACUAGUUGCUUACUAACAAGCACCACUAAACUUAAAUUCAAUUCACAGUUGCUUUUAGCUCCAAUUUCUGCACUAUACUAUAUUUGUGACCCCCCCCCCCCUUUCUUUUUUAUGCAUGGCAUAUCUAAAGAUUCCUUGAAUCUGACUCAUUUGCUUGAUAUAUAGCUAGCCUUAACUUUGGCCUUUAUGUUUGUACAAAAUCCUUUGUACCGACACUAAAUUCAGAGUUGCUUUUAGCUUAGAUUUUUGCAUUAUCUCAUGCAUCUGGAUAUAUCACACAGUUGUUUUUGUUUUACCCAGUGCUAUUUUUGUGAUCUAUGCCUUGAUGCUUUUAGGGGGCAUUUCAAAUUUUUUUUUUUUUUUAGCUCUGUGUAAUACAGAAACGUGAAGCAUAUUACACUUUAUGUCAUCAUAAAAAACUGCUGCGGUUAUGCCGCGUCAUGUCUGAGGGACCCUUAAAGGUAUUGUUUAUCAAUAUUUCCAGUUUUACACAUCUGAGUUGCAGGCCCUAGGUGGUAUCUGCAUCUGUGAUAUGGUGUAAUAUUGAA